GUCGCUAAAUACCACACCCUGAGUUCAACAAACGAGUCUGAAGCACAUUUUGUUUUCUGUACGCCUGGAUCCUAUUAGCCCCUACCAAUCUUCCGUAGCGUUAUCCCUUGGUCCCAGAUUGCUAUCGCCAGCAGCAUGUCCAAGCCUACUAUCGUAUUUGCCCCGGGUGCCUGGCAUACACCGGAUUGCUACGACACUACCCGCGACCAAUUGCACCAGCGCGGAUGGGAAACGGAGGCUGUGGCGUAUCCUUCUGUAGGAGCAGAGCCUCCUAAUAAAGGCCUUGCUGACGACGCUAUGGCGUUGCGCUCUACUCUAGAAAGACUUGCCAAUGAGUGCAAAGAAAUCGUCCUAGUUGUGCACUCAUAUGGAGGUUUAGUUGGACAAAAUGCCCUUCCGGGUUUGGGCUACAAGCAGCGACAGGCAGCGGGUAAGCAAGGCGGUGUCAUUAUGUUUGUUUACCUCGCUGCUUUUGUCGCUCCAAAGGGGGCGACUAUUAAGGCUAUGCUUGGUGGUCAAUUCUUACCCUGGAUGCAAUUCGAUGGUGAUUACUCUUACGCCGCUACGCCCGAGAUAGUCUUCUAUCACGAUCUCAACCACGAAGCACAGAAGGCUGCUAUUUCAAAACUAAAGCACCAAUCGGCGCGCAUUUUCACCGACCAAGUCACUUAUGAGCCGUGGCAUGAGAUCCCGUCAAUGUAUCUCUUCUGUGAGGCCGAUAAAGCGCUUUCACUACCUAUCCAGCAACAGAUGGCACAGAUGCUAGGUGCGGAUGUGCCGACCUUCACGUCAAUCGGGUCGCAUUCGCCUUUUCUCAGCCAGCCCCAGGAGGUUGUUCAAGGCGUAGAGUAUGCGGCCAAGCUUGGUCAAGACAAGAAGUAGAACAAGAAAAUUCUCAAUGUCAAAGACCAUUUUUCUAGAUUACAAGCUCAUUCUUCCCAU